AUGGCACCUAGACCCCCUCCUCCACCUCAACCCAUCGAGCGCGAUGCGUCCGACAACACAAGGUUGUUGGAAUCGGUGAUAGAUAGGUUACAACAGCAGAACCCUACAUUGAUGGAACAGAACACGGCUGCCUUGCAGAGUUUGGAGGCCGCUCGCGCCAACUCUGAAGCUACACAGAGGCAGUUGAUGGAGAUCAUUGCCACUACCAGGAACACACCGGGAGCGUCCUCUUCCAACGUUACCCAACAGGCUGAGUGGAGCUUGGAGAGUUUCCUUCAGCAUCACCCCGCAAAAUUCAGUGGGAAAUGCCUUCCUGACGAGGCUGAUCAGUGGCUGAGAGAUAUGGAACGGAUCUACAAUGCCAAGAGGUGCCCUGAUGAUAAUAGACUCGCAUUCACGGAGUAUCUGCUGAUUGGAGAGGCCAGUCACUGGUGGGCGAGCAUGAAGAUGAUCUUAGCAGACAUUCAAAGCCCCAUUACAUGGGAAGUAUUUAGAAGCAAAUUUUAUGAAGAAUACUUUCCAGAUAGCGUUCGUUUCGCCAAGGAAGUGGAGUUUCUGCAACUGGUACAAGGUGGGAUGUCCAUAUCAGAGUAUACAAAUAAGUUCAAACACUUGGUUCGUUUCAACACUGUGGCUACGAGCGAAGAAUGGCAGUGUCGUAAGUUCGAAAAUGGGCUGAGAAGUGAAUUGAAGCUAUUGAUUUCUAGCCUAUGCAUCAAGUCUUUUCCUGCUAUGGUUGAGCGAGCCAAAGUGUUGGAGAAGAAUGUAGUAGAAGUAGAACAACAGAAGAAACAACAAGUGGCUAGAGGGCCGAUCUUGUCAAGAAAUAAUGCGAACCUGAGAAGGACACCUUACGUUCGACCAGCACAAUUAGUGAAUCCAAGUGUAUCUAAAGCAGUGGUGGCUGUCGGGCAGUUUGGCCAACAAGGAAACGUGACCUAUUUCCAGUGUGGAGGACCACAUUUCCGCUCGUCAUGUCCUCAGCUGAUAGGAGGAAAAUUUUGCACUCGUUGUAGGAGAAACGAACAUUUGGAGAAUGAGUGCAACAUGGGAGGACGAGCAGUGAUGAGACCACCGAACGCGGGAAGGAAUCAACCGAGAGGUGGUGGUAGAGCUCAAGCAGUUGGGCGUGUGUAUGCUAUAACCGUCGCAGAGGCAGCAAGCUCAGGUAAUCUCAUAAUUUGUGAAUGCUUGCUGUAUGGUAGAUCUUGUUGUGUAUUGUAUGACUCGGGAGCAACACAUUCCUUCAUCUCGAAGGCAUGCGUUGGGAAACUGGGUUUAGUGGAGAGAGAGAUGCAGUUCGACCUGGUGGUGUCAACCCCAGCGGCUGGUGAG